AUGUCUGAGAACAACAAUGAGUUUUCACUGAUGCUGUAUUUGAGUAUCAUGACAGACAUUGGGUUUUUGAUCCGCUUCGCGCCGCCAGGAGCUCCCGGUUCGGGGAUGGUCGACAGCCUGCUUCUAAGAUACGACGUGUUCACCACUCCCACUUCUGAUCUCGUUGUUUCUCGCAAAUUAGGGCAGAGGGCCUCCGCUCGAGCUGUCUCGUAUCUUCAUGAUAUUUCAAUCCCGGAACAACACUCUUCAUUCGGAAGACUGCAACGCAAGCUGGCGAAUUGGCAUUUCCAGCUUGGCUCGCAUUCGUAUGACAGCUCCACGCCUCCUAGAUCAAAUCGGACCCCGGAUGGCGAUUCAUACAAUCACCGCAAAGAGACUGUGCAGAUUCCAAAUGGUACGGCUGAUCAGAUGCCAGGAUGCUUUUCCAUUCGGCUUGUGGGGCUUAAUAAGGGUCGUCCGAUGAACGCCUCACGUCUGCACUGGCGUAUCUGGCGCCUAAUACCGGAUGGCGCAUGCGCUGACUCGUCUGAUCGUUGCAUCCCCGGAGUUGAUCUUGACUGGUCCGGCUUGCGUGGAAAUCUUGCUGUGUGCAAGCUUCGUUGUCAUCACAAUCGCGAAGGCUUUGCGUUGGAGUCGAGCUCUGAUUCGCCGCCAAGUGCCCCAGAAUACCCGAGUAGAUCCGGCUGCGCGCUCCGCAAAGGGGCUACUGACACGGUACACCUAAAAUUGGCCUUUUCCGAGAACAAGGGCCCGAUUUUGAUGGGAGUUGCUGUGUCAUUCACAAGCUUGGCCACAGUAAUCGUUGCCAUAAGGCUCUGGGUCAGAGCCACGAUGGUUGGUAAAGUUGGAUGGGAUGACUGGGUAAUUUGUCUGACGACGAUGAUAUCCAUCGUAGGAAUGGGGGAAGUCAUUGCUCAAGUCCAGUACGGGGCGGGACGACACAAUGGUGAUAUCCCGCCAGAAGACCUACCCAUGGGUCUUAUGGUUAAUUACAUGAGCCAGCUUACGUACCUGUAUGGCAUCUGCUUCUGUAAACUAGCCGUCGGUGCGUCACUGCUUCGUAUAGCUUCCACUAAAUUCUGGAAGCACUUGGUGCUUGGCGUGAUGAUUUUCGUCUUCGCUUAUACGACCGCCGGCUUUGUUACCCUCUUGGUUCAAUGCACCGACAUCCGCAUCUUGUGGGAUUACUCAACAAAGGCUACGUGCUGGGGACCAAGUACCCUGAUGGCACUAUCAUAUACCAACUUCUCUCUCAACAUUAUCACCGACUUAGUUUUCGCUGUUUUCAUUCCGGUCCCGAUGCUCUGGAAUAUAAAUGUCAACCGCCGCACGCGCAUAUCUCUAUUCGGUGUUCUCGGCCUCGGUUGUUUUGCUUGCGCCUGUGCCAUCAUUCGUUUCACGUACGUGAGCACUUACGGAAAGUUAGGCGAUUGGCUUUGGGACUCGCAGUACCUGAGCACCUGGAGUGUUCUCGAAAUGAAUGUAGGCAUUAUCGCUGCAAGCUUACCGAGCCUGAGGCCUCUGUUCAAGAAGUUCCUUGGCAGUAUGUAUGGCGCCGGCACCAAGGCCAAGGCUUAUUAUGCCGGAGGAUCAUUGAAUCGGACCAAGAAGAACUGGCAGAACCUGUCUGGAAGGAAUCUAGAUGAGCGGAAUGGCGGCUAUGCCCGGCCGAUUGGGAUCAAGGAAGCAUUCGACGACGCGAGCAGCCAAAGCGCCCUGCACGGAUCGAGCGUGGAUUGCAUCACCAAGGAGUCUUUUGAGCUGGUCUCUUACGCACCUGUCCGAGAUUCUGUGAGAAUCAGCAAGAAGCCGAGUGUGUCAACCCGGGUUGAGGCCAAGAGGAGUUUCGAAGACGGUGUCAAAACGCCGACGGAUGUACCUUCCAAAGGAAUCACGAAGACCACAAGUACGACAGUGACAUACCAAAUUCAGGGGACAAGGUUUACCUAG